GCUCAAGUUUUCCUUAAAUACUUCGACAAUUAUACGAGCCUCAUCAGUUGAUUAGAACCAGACAGAAUCAGCGACUUAAACGACCGUUAAAAAAUGAAAAAUAUUCUAAUUUUCUUGACUUUGUGUGUCCUUGGCGCAAAUGCGAUAAGUAACGGAAUAGUAACCCAAGCUCCUCAUGUGGUUAUGGUGUUGGUUAUACGUCCAGAAUUAGAAGCCGAUAAUACUGCAGCUCUAGGCAGUGGUUCCAUCGUAUCAACUCGCCACGUACUCACGGCAGCACAUGUUGUUCGAGGCAAUGUAAACGGCGGCAACAACAGAUUCCAAAUUAAUUUCCUUGUCGGAACAUCGCGACGAACUCUCCACUCUAAUUUUGCUAUCGUUCAUGAAAACUUCGAUCCUACGAAUAACGCUAACGACCUAGCACUGAUAUUUGUUCAGGGCGGUACGUUCCCUGUUAACAGCAUUAUUCCGAUUUCCACGAAUCCGGAACAAACGUCACAGACAUAUUUGGUUGCUGGUUUUGGUUUCACCUCGAACGAAACGAUUGGAUUUGCUUCAGUUAUUCCAUAUUCAGCGACACAGCGUGUUGCUGUUCAAUGCCAGUUCGAUGAUUAUGAAGUCAGUGAGUUUCAUUUUUGCGCAAUUGAUGAUGUCUCGAGCCCUACUGGUAUCGUUUGCCGAGGUGAUAACGGUGGAGGACUGUUCAUAACGCAAGACGUUGAUGGAACCGCUGUGAACACUUUGGUUGGCAUCGCAUCGCAUAUUUUACCAGGAUGCGUAACUACGGCCAUCACUUCUUACACACGAAUGAGCCAAUUUGCACUUUGGAUAAAUUCCAUUAUUGGCGUAUAACGGCUGCAAAGAGUUUAUUUUGGUUUAUUUGUAAGAAAUUACGAAAUAAAUUUACUUUCUGAGGAAAUAUAGCUUUUCAGCGGGGUAGAGGCUAAAAUUCUGAUUAAUUCUAUGGGAAUAUAUUUUAAUCUAUAAAUAAACGGGACCAUUCAUA